AUGCCGUUCCCGCCGCGCCGGACGACGCCGCUUCCGCAGGCUGCCCGCUCCUACAGGCCGCCGCCACUUCCGCCGGCGGCCGUCGCUCCCGCUUACGCCACCACCCGCUCCGAAUCCGGCCGCGACUCGCCCUGCCGGCCGUGGGAGGCCGGACCCGCAGGCCGCCGCCGCUCGGCGACUCGCCCCCUGGUCGCCGUCGCCGCCGCCGCCGCUCCCGCUUACGCCGUCGCCCGCUCCGGAUCCGGCCGCGACUCGCCCAGCCGGCUGCGGGAGGCUGGACCCACAGGCCGCCACCGCCCGGCGACUCGCCCCCUGCCCGCCGGAGGCCACGACUCGCCUGCGGACCACCGUCCAUGCCUUGGAAGAAAGUGA